GAGACACAAAACAUCUCGCUGCUCGCUCUUCUUCGAAACAACUCAGUCUGUGUCAGUAUGUUGGGAAACUUGUUCAGCAGAAAGUUUCCAGAAACCUUCGUCCUAACUUGCUCGUCCUCGUUCAUGCACUUGUGGAGGAGUUUGUUGUUAUAGACCUGGUAAAUACCUACAAACACACAUGAACAGGGAGAAGAUGAUCUGCAGCAUCCUGCUGCUCAUCAUCCUGACCUCCUGUGUCUCUGGAACAUUAGUAGUGAAUGUGACCCAGACCUCCUAUCAGGCAGAGGAGAACCAGCACAUCACACUGGAGUGGACCUUCACAACCAACCCUCACACUUCCUCCAACUCUCUGAAUAUCUUCUGUGAACUGUUAACUGAUCUCAGACUCUCAGUCCUGUUUCAUCUCCAUGAAGGAGUUGAGGUCCCAGAGUUUCAGCAUGAACAGUUUGCAGGACGAGUCCAGUGGGACAAAGACGUCCUCAGAGAAGGACAACUCAGACUUCAUGUGUCCAGACUCAGGACUGAAGACUCGGGACUGUACCUGUGUAAAGUGUUCACAAGUUAUGGGAGGAACUCUGGUAGAUGUUGGCUCAAUGUCACUGCAGCGAGGGAUCGGCCUGAACCUGAGACACCAAACACAACAAGUCCACCACAACAAGAGAGUCGGGGAAGGAUCGGUCUCUACUGUGGACUGGGACUGACAGCAGCUCUGCUGGCUCUCUUCUUAACACUACUGAUUCAGAACAACUUGGAGCUAAACGCUCUGAAGACAGAGGAGAUGGUUGUGGACUUUAGGAAGGACGCAGCCCCACCCGCCCCCAUCACCCUGGGUGACUCCACAGUCAACAUGGUGGAGUCCUUCUGCUUCCUGGGCUCCAAGAAUGUCGAGCAUCGAUCAGCUAAAGAGCCAGAUAUGUUUCUCAGCAGCAGAAACAGCAGAGGUAACACCAGACUGCUGGGGAUAUUAAACCAGAACAAAGACAUCUUCAGCACACAAUCAACACCUUUGCUCCACCCAUCAACAACAACCACAACCAGAUUCCCAGAGCAUCUCAACAACAGCACUACCAGUAUGACCAUGAUGGUGUAG